GGGGAAAGGAAUCCAAGAAGGAAAAAAAAGGGGUGGGUGGGGGAGGGAGGCACCUUGCAAUGCAAAAAGCUCACAAAACAAGUACUUGAAGACGCACCACCUCCACCCAAUAUGCUUUUUCUACACUUUCUACCACCCAGUAAUCCCAUAGAAGAAAGAGCCAGACAGCACGUUACCAAGUUAUCGAUAACACUCUCCUAGUCUUAUAGUGUCUUCCCCCAAAUCCAAAUCCAAAUCCAUACGAACCUCAAUACAAAGAAGAUAAAAACGGAGAGGAAAUAAAAGGGAAACACCCCUGGGCUUUGGACACUGCAAACAAGCAAGCAAGUGCAGCCUUCCUCGCAACUAUCACAGCUCUAUCGUAUAGUGAAAAUUUUGAUUAAUAAUUUAAGGUUGUUCUGCACUCUGCACUCUGCCCAUUUCAACCCCGGCCGCAUCCCCAAAAUUCACGCGCAUGCUCCUCCAUUUCCUUAACUCUGCUCAUCGUUGUAGUAGUCACCGGCACCAUCUCCGGCCUUCGUCUUUAUUUUGAUUACGAUUUCUCCUCAGCUUUCAAUUGAUUUUUACCUUCGUACCCAGUUUCUGAUUCCUCGCAGUAGUUGUGAAUCUAUAAGCUAUAUAGGUAGGCAAGAUGAUUACUCUAUCGGAUUUCUACCAUGUGAUGACCGCCAUGGUUCCACUUUACGUGGCCAUGAUAUUAGCUUACGGCUCCGUGAAGUGGUGGAAGAUCUUCUCGCCGGACCAGUGCUCCGGCAUCAACCGCUUCGUCGCCCUCUUCGCCGUCCCUCUCCUCUCCUUUCACUUCAUCUCCACCAACGACCCUUACAAGAUGAACUUCCGAUUCAUCGCCGCCGACACACUCCAGAAGAUCAUGGUCUUGGCGGUGUUGGCCGUUUGGAGCAAAUUGAGCAAAAGGGGUUGCUUGGAGUGGACCAUUACUCUGUUUUCCCUGUCAACUCUCCCCAACACUCUGGUUAUGGGCAUUCCCCUGCUCAAAGGCAUGUACGGCGACUUCUCCGGAAGCUUGAUGGUCCAAAUCGUGGUCCUUCAGUGUAUUAUUUGGUACACUCUGAUGCUCUUCAUGUUCGAGUACAGAGGCGCCAAGAUUCUCAUCUCCGAACAGUUCCCGGACACCGCCGGUUCGAUUGUGUCGAUUCACGUUGAUUCCGAUGUGGUUUCGUUGGACGGGAGGCAAGUUCUGGAAACGGAAGCGGAGAUUAAAGAUGACGGCAAACUUCACGUGACGGUGAGGAAAUCAAACGCUUCCAGAUCGGAUAUAUUCUCACGUAGGUCGCAGGGAUUGUCUUCAACGACUCCGAGACCCUCGAAUCUGACCAAUGCGGAGAUAUACUCUCUGCAAUCGUCGCGAAACCCAACUCCGAGAGGGUCCAGCUUCAACCAUACGGAUUUCUAUUCCAUGGUCGCCGGCAGCCGGAGCUCCAACUUCGGUUCCGCGGACGUUUACGGGCUUGCGACGGUGUCGAGAGGACCGACGCCGAGACCGUCGAAUUACGAAGAAGAUGGGUCUUCGAACAGCAACAAUAAGCCAAGGUUCCACUAUCACGCUCCGGGGGGCGCGCAUUAUCCGGCUCCAAAUCCGGGCAUGUUUUCGCCGACGGCGUCAAGAACCGGCAGUGGUGCGGCCAAUAAGAAGCCAAAUGGACAACUGGGUCAGUACAAGACAGAAGAGGGCAGUAGGGAUCUUCACAUGUUUGUUUGGAGUUCAAGUACUUCCCCUGUUUCGGAUGUGUUUGGGGGCCAAGAUUUUGGAGGUGCAGACCAGCCAGUGAAGGAAGUGAGAAUGGCUGUUUCUCCAGGGAAAGCAGUGGAGGGUGAUAGAGAAGAUGAAGAACAGUACGUGGAGAGAGAAGAUUUCAGCUUCGGAAACAGAGGGAUGGAGAGGGGAGAGAUGAACAAGCAGGACGAUGGUGAUAAGAUGGGGAAAGCAAAAACCAUGCCUCCAACCAGUGUGAUGACCAGGCUUAUUCUGAUCAUGGUUUGGAGAAAGCUCAUCAGAAACCCCAACACUUAUUCAAGCUUAAUAGGCCUCACUUGGUCUCUGGUUUCAUUCAGGUGGGAUGUAGAGAUGCCUGCCAUUAUAGCGAAGUCCAUUUCCAUACUGUCGGAUGCAGGGCUUGGCAUGGCCAUGUUCAGUCUUGGUCUGUUCAUGGCCUUGCAGCCGAGGAUCAUCGCAUGUGGAAAUUCCAUUGCAGCUUUUGCCAUGGCUGUGAGAUUCCUUACAGGUCCAGCUGUCAUGGCAGCUGCUUCCAUUGCUGUUGGGCUUCGCGGUGUCCUGUUACACGUUGCCAUUGUCCAGGCCACUCUACCUCAAGGAAUUGUCCCUUUUGUCUUCGCCAAAGAAUACAACGUACACCCUGAUAUUCUCAGCACAGCAGUUAUAUUUGGGAUGCUAAUAGCGUUGCCCAUAACGCUGAUCUAUUACAUUUUUCUGGGGCUGUGAAAUGGAUAUGAACGAUCAUAUUCCAAACCAAACUAAACUAAUUAAUGCUGGGAGACGAUGGAUGCUAACACAUCGGCCUCGACGGGACCUACAGCGCAUUUAAGGCAGGCCGCGGAGGCCAUCGAAGACGACAACCCCCACCCCGGAAAAAUUUUAAAAGCCCAAAUGUGGUGGCCAUGGAUCCAUAUUGCAUGCACCACCACCACGCAUAUCCUUUUUCUUUUCUUUUCUUUCUUUUUUUGUUUUAAAAAAAAAAAUGGUAGAGAUGUAAAAUGAUGGUUAAUUAAUUGUAGUGAUUUUGUAUCAAGAAAAUGGCAUUAUUCCCGCUUGAUUAUAUGUAUAUAUAUGGUUGUUG